AUGCAAACCACUUUAUAUAAUAACCUUUAUAAUUUUUUAACUGAAGCUCCUGAGACACAAAUUACAGCCAUUUCUCUCGUUUACCGGGCAUUAGGUGAUGAACCACGAAUAGAAAAGGAAGACUUAAGAGUAGAAUUUGAUGAUGUAUUUGAGGGAUUUCGUAGCAUACGCGAAAUGGAGGCAGAAAUGGAAUCUUUAAGUGAUGAUGAAAUUAAAACAAAUUUAAGGAAGUUAAAAAAUCGUCUUGCGAAAAGCAAGGCCAUCCAUGCUAUACACUUACGAAAGAGCUUGAAAGGUGUUACUGAGAAAGUUGUGAGUUGGAAAGAUCCACUUGGAAGCCGAGUAAUUAGUGAUAAAACUGAGAUGGUGCGCCAGUUGCCCCGCAAUGCUUUCAAAUCUUUCAUGGGUCCCAAAUUACGUAUGCAACCACAAGCUUCAGAUGAGAUUCGAAAAAUGUGUGAGGAAUAUGUAGAAAAUUUUUCUGAAGAUACUUCAGAAAUUUUAAUGAAUAAUUCGCACGACGGCAAGUGGAAAGAAUCAGAUGAGAAUUUAAAAAAAGUUGCGAAAGAAAUUAUCGAUGCAUUAAAUGAGGUUUGGAAAAAUCCGACCUUUUCCUCUAAAAAUUCUAAAUCAUUAAAUGAGGGAACUUAUGUUACAGAGGUAAUAGUACCUGUGCUUAGAGCUUCACUAAAAAAUCUUCCAAUUGGAAAGUCUGGUUUUAUUACUACUGCGGAAAAAGAAAGUUUAGCCAGUAAGAACAGGAAAAAAAAAUAUGGAAAAAAACCCGAUAUUAUGUUUAUGUUAAAACAUAAAAAAAAGAAGUAUGAAUUGAUGUAUGGAGAAUGUUCUCGGUUGGUUUGUGAUGAACAAAAAGAAGAAAUGGACAGAACGAAGUUGUGGAGAGAGAUUAAUGAUGGGAUGUUUUGGGUGCACAAGGGGUGUUCACCAACCAAAGAGGAAUUUGGCAUUGUUGGUAUUCAGGUAGCAGGCGCUCGAUUAUACCUGAAUGUUCUCAUAAGAGAUAAGGACGAGAUACAUCGCCUUUACGAACUGAGAUCACCCACUAUUCCAGUGAAGCUUUCAAAUAGUGAUACAGUGUUUGACUUUGUAGAAACACUUUUAAUAUUACGGAACAUUUUACUUGUCAAUAGCUCUCUGAUAUUUAAUGCGAAGAAGAAAAAUAGAUCUCAGAGUUCAGAAAAUAGUUCAAGUAAAUGUACUGAAAUUGAAACCGAGAAUAUAGAACUUAAAGCUGAGAAUAUGAAAGUUAAAGCUGAUAAUGCGAA